GGCGUCGGCACCUGCAUGUUCGAACAGCGUAUCGGGACUCGACGCCCGUCUGGCCACUCUGCAGCGGCUCUGGUCCCGACUGCGCUUCUCUUGGCCUAUCCCAAAGCUCCACGGGAUACGCACAACUCCUGUGCGCAAUACGUAAUUCGCCAUGGGAUCUGUUUACCACAAGCGGCAGCAGUGCUCCACCGUCUGUGAGGACCAAGGCAACCAACGCAGCGGAAGACGGCCCACGGCAACACGGCGCAGCAUCGAUGAACAUCCAUCGCCUGCUUACAGUUAUUUCAGACGCUACCCGUCGUUAGAUCGCGGUAGAGCUGGCGGCGGCAGCGACUGGACCUGCAUACUGAGUUGGGUAAGCUCCAAGUGGCUGAACAGCCCUAGUGGGGGAUCUCAUCGUCGGAUGCUCGCUCGCCCUGCCCUAGACGCGACGACCGCUGCUGCGUCCGCUUUGAUCAUCCGCAAGCCAGCCUGGUACGUUCCUGUACCCAGCGCAGGGCGAUUGCCCUGGUCCAGUCGCCUACUCGAGCCGCCAUGGCGACCGUCUGCCCUGCUGCCGCGCUGUCAUUUCACAAUGUCCAUUACGCAUCGCUGCACCCCGCUUUCCUUUGAUAAGAACCGCGCCAUCCUUUCUUUAGCAGGCCACGUUCACCUGGUGCAUUGUGGACCUUUACUUUUACGGCUUUCGAGUUUCUAUAUGAGGUAGUUGGGUUGCUUUGCCCACUGCUCGCUACCCAAUUUCCAUCUUCUGCUGUGCAACCUGUCGAGCCUAGGCCCCGACUCGCUCGGCACUUCCGCCUCCGUAUAGUGAUACAUCUGUACGGCUUCAAGUAGUCUCCAGCUGUCUCCGGGCGGCUGCGUGAGACACUUUUCUCGUCAUGGUUACUCCAACACUGGUCCUGCUCGGCGCUGUCUUCGUCGUCAGCUCCACAGUAUUUCUGUUACUGAAGAAAGGAAGGCGCGAAGUGCUCUUGAGCCGACUUCAUUGGGAGCGCCGACGGUUCUCCGGUUCAAAG